UGCUGCGGCGUCGGGAAACUUUCAGGUACCGUUGUACAAUACAGGUCGGUAUGUCUGUAUGAUUGCUGCAGGGGGCAUCCCGGUCGAUGCUUCAUUGCUUCAAAGUUGGGUAUUCUUGCUGCUUCGCUUGCGCUCCGCUUGCGAUACCCCCCAUGGGUUAUCCUGGAUUCUAUCCCUCUUGAAUGGCCCUCUACUCCUACUCCUUUCCUGUCACGAUCACCUCAUCCCUGAAGCAUACAUCAUCCUGCGUGGUGUGGUGUGGGAUUAUCUUGUCAAGCACGGGUUGACUAUCUGGCUUCCAUGAAAUUAUCGACUAUCUAUCGACUACCUCGACUAUCAUCCCUUGAGGAGCCUGCAAUCCGCAUUUGCCUUCUUUCAAUUCUCCGUGGGAUACUCACACCGAACGCCCUCUACGAUAUCUGUCAUCCCACCAUUGAAGAACAUGCAAAGCUGGGAAGCUGCAGCUGCUA